UCCCUCAGCUUGACGUUCCUGCUCUCUCAAGCGAACGCCAAGCUUUCUCUCUCUUCUAGUUUUCCCUUUUUUUUUUCCUUAGGUUACCGGAGUAAUUGAGCCGGAAACAGAAGCCAAGCGAAACAAGCGAUUCGAAGGGAUAACGAUCGUCACCAUGCAGGCUAUAUCACCGUCCACUCCCAGCAAUCUCAACUCAUUGAUUAGGCCGGCGCCGGCCCCGACCCGGAUGGGCAAGGCCGUCCGGUGCGCCUUCCGCGCCGACUCCGUCUACUUCCCCAACGGCGUCGGCCACAGCCGCGCCGACUGGCAGAGCUCCUGCGCCAUCCUCUCCAGCAAGGUCCUCUCCCUGGAGCAGCCCGCCGAGAAGAGCGGCGGCGGCGCCGACCAUAUCGCCGCCGUGAACGGCCACCGGGCCGCCAUCGACCUCAACCUCGUCCCCAUCGAGACGAAGGACAGCCCGGCUUCGUCCGUGCCGGCCCCGGUGCCGCAGCAGCCGAAGCCGCUCUCGAUAAGCGACCUCGCCCCGGCGCCGCUGCAUGGCUCGCAGCUGCGCGUGGCCUAUCAGGGCGUCCCCGGUGCGUACUCUGAGGCGGCUGCUGGGAAGGCGUACCCGAACUGCGAGGCCAUCCCGUGUGACCAGUUCGAGGUCGCCUUCCAGGCGGUCGAGCUCUGGAUCGCCGACCGGGCCGUGCUGCCAGUGGAGAACUCCCUCGGCGGCUCGAUCCACCGGAACUACGACCUGCUCCUCCGCCACCGCCUUCACAUCGUGGGCGAGGUCCAAAUGCCUGUCCACCACUGCCUCCUCGCCCUCCCGGGUAGCCGCCUCGAGUGCCUCUCCCGUGUCAUCUCGCACCCGCAGGCCCUCUCGCAGUGCGAGCACACGAUCACGCAGCUCGCUCCGCAAGCCACCCGCGAGGCCGUCGACGACACCGCCGGCGCCGCCGAAUACAUCGCCACAAACCGCCUCCGAGACACGGCAGCCAUCGCGAGCGCGCGCGCCGCCGAGCUUUACGGCAUGCAGGUGCUCGCCGACGGCGUGCAGGACGACUGCGGCAACGUGACCCGCUUCCUGAUGCUGGCGCGGGAGCCUAUCAUCCCGCGAACGGACCGGCCGUUCAAGACGAGCAUCGUGUUCGCGCACAACGGAGGGGAGGGGACUGGGGUGCUGUUCAAGGUGCUGUCGGCGUUCGCGUUCCGCAACAUAAGCCUGACAAAGAUCGAGUCGAGGCCGCACCGGAACAGGCCCAUCAGGCUCGUGGACGACGCCGACGUCGGGACGGCGAAGCACUUCGAGUACAUGUUCUACGUCGACUUCGAGGCGUCGAUGGCGGAGGUGAGGGCCCAGAACGCGCUCGCCGAGGUGCAGGAGUACACGUCCUUCCUCCGGGUGUUGGGGAGCUACCCCAUGGACAUGACCCCUUGGAGCCCUCCUCCGACGACGAGCGGCGGCGAUAGUGAUUAAUUGUCGAGUUUCUUUUUAUCUAAAAGAGAAACAAGAAGAAGGAUGUGAUUAUCGACUGCACAGAGAAAAGAGGGUUAUUGAAUUGAAUUGAAUUUAAAUUUUAAAUUUCGUCU